AUGGUCUCGUUAAACACAACCAUCUCAGACGCUAUGAUUAUCAAGGAAAAUACUCUUAUGUUCAUACGAGUUUGGUGUUAUACGAUGAUUGAAUUGGGUAGUGUUGGUCACGCAUCAAGCGUGUACAUGUUUACACGUCCUCCAUUUCGUUCAAAUCCAUGUACCUGAUUACCAAAUGCAUGGUUCAUCGCUCUAGCCUGUAUUGACAGAUUUUCGUGCAGCUCAUCUGUUGCAACGCUGUGUGCUCUCAGCAAUAUUCGUGUUGUUUGUCGAAGUGUUCCUCUUGUAAUUUUUCAUAACUGGUGUUGUCUAUAUAUUCCAGUACCUAUACUUUACCAAAUCAACGUACGUCAACAUACAUGUGUUCCAUCGAUAGAAAUUAGUCAAACAUUUUUCAGCACAUGGAAUUUGAUCGUAUACAGCAUAGAUCCACCAAUUGUUAUGGCUUAUUUCGGUGCACAUACUGUCCAAAACACUCGUCAUUCCGUUAGGCGGGUUAAACAACACUGCGUUCCGAUGCACAAUCCGCAACAACAUCACAUAGCAACUGAUCGGCAGUUAAUUCAAAUGAUGCUGCUUCAAUGUGUCAUAUUCACUGUAAGUUUUCUGAAAUCUAUGGGUCGCAACGAUAAACGACAACAACCUUCUCAUGACAACAUUUAUUGUAAGAAGCAGAAACUCCGAGCAACAACACUUGAUAAAACGAAAUGUAUUGUCACACAAUUUGAAGACCUUUCCAAUGAAGUUAUCUGCGAUAUUUUCGAAUAUCUAAAUGCCUAUCAUAUUUACGAAAGUUUUCUGAAUCUUAACACCAGAUUUCAAAAUCUUCUUAAACAUUUACCCAUUCCUCUUAUAAUUAACAUUCCAUCAUUUUUAUCCAAAUCAAUAUUUCAACAAUAUUACACUGAUUUCAUUCAGCCCAAUAUUUACCAAACCCAAUCAUUUUAUGCUGUAAAUCCAUUCAUAACUAAUUUCUUUCUAUCAACAACCGAAAAUUUUGCUCAAUGUUCUCAACUUCAAACAUUAAUUCUUGAUGAAAUGCCAACCGAACAACUCGAAAAUCUUCUCAUUAGUUUAAGUUCUCUACCCAAAUUUUCUUCAUUAACUAUGCAUGUGAUGGAUGAUACUCAUCGAAACAAUAUUUGCAACUUGAUAUUUCAAUUACCAAAACUGAAAUUUUGCAAAAUAUUCUUUGCAGAGACUAUUCGAUUAGCGUAUUUAUCCAUAUGUAUAUCAAGUCCAAUCGAACAUCUUGUUCUUACUGGUACAUUUUACCUUAAUGAACUUAGUGUUAUAUUAUCACAUUUACCUCAACUAUCCCAUUUAUCAAUCAAGAAUGUCCGUUCACCUUUAAACAACGAAUUUGUGUAUGAUCGAUACACUUUGAAGAACUUAACUUCAAUUUCUCUUCGACUGAAUCAAAUAGAAUUUUGCCAUUUCGAACAAUUUGUUAAAGAACAUUUUCAACGAAUUGAAAAAUUCUUUAUUUCGACAAAUUAUGAUGUGAAUUAUAUCGAUAGUAAUCGUUGGGAACAACUUAUUUCAUGUUCUAUACCAAAUUUACGAAAAUUUAAUUUUCAAUGCAUCGGUAAUACAUUAUCUUUUGAUAAUGAAGUCUUUUCUCGUAAACAAUUCAAUUCCUUGUUUUGGCAUCAAAGACACUGGUUUUUUACAUUGGAAUUCAAUCGUGAUGAAUUCCGAGAUGGUUUACGUGGAAGAUAUUUUUUGUAUUCAACUCACCCACACAGACAAAAAACUUACGCCUUAUCAUGCGACAUAUUUUCUAAAGAAAUGACGACCGCUACCGAAACCAAUUUCAACUCAGUUCAGCAUCUGACUAUAGAAAAUGGAUAUAACAUUGCGAAAUGUUCGAAAUAUUUUCCGAAUGUCAAUGAAUUAACUGUUAAAUAUUGUGAGUCGGUUCCCACAUGGGAAUGGUUUACUCGGAAGAAUAUUGGUCGUAUUCUUCCUUUAAUGCAAGUGACCAAAUUGACUAUUCAUGUGAAAUAUGACAUGAAUUGGAUCACGGCAUUGUUAUACAUAAUGCCUAAUAUUCAAACACUAAAAUUGAUCAAUGAAAGAUCGAAUUCAUUAGAUUGUCUGUCAUUUAAAGACACAAAAAUGUUUCGUUCCGUGUCACAACAGAAUAAAAUCAACAAUAUUAUUUUGACAGAUAAUUAUUCAUUACAAAAACUCCAAGGAUUCAUCGAUCUAUGCCCAAAAUUACAACAUCUUACUAUGGGUAUAUCUGAAUGGUGUUUGUACCCGGCAGUUCGAUUUUUGUUAUCGAAAAAGAAUCAAAAUCAAUGCCAACUAUCUUCUCUGUGUGUUUCUGGAGUGGAUGCAAUAUCGAUCGAGAAGUUGAAAUCUUUGCUCUUAUCGGAAAAUUUUGCUGAUGAACAUAUGAUAAUUAUAGUAAAUGACAAGUUUUACUUACAGUGGAGAUAA